AUGGUUACCCGACGUAUUUCGUCUCAAAGGAAGUGUACGUCGCGAACUAUAGUGUCACGGAUCGCAGGCCCCGUCCUCACUGUAACCAUUUUUGCGUCUUUCAUCGCAUAUGCAUCGCAGCAAGGAUAUAAGUUUAUUUGGACAAACUCGAUCGUCCCACUGCUUUCAGUAGUGGUUGGCCUCAUUCUAGUUUUCCGUAAUGGCACAUCAUACGAUCGCUUUUGGGAGGGGAGAAAAUGUUUUUCUGCUGUCACCUCACUCACUCGCAGUUUUGCCCGGCAAGUGUGGGUGAAUGUAAACCUUCCUCCAACAGACAUGCAACCUCCGGGCUCCAAAGGAAAAACACCCACGACCGAUGUCACUCUCCACCAACUUCGCCGAAGGAAGAUUGAAGCCUUACGUCUUUGUCUCGCUUUCGUAUUUGCCGCUAAACACUACUUACGAGGAGAGGAUGGUAUAAAUUAUACUGACUACCAUGGCGUGCUCCCCAACUCUUUUCUUCACUAUGACGAGAUGUUCAACUCCCACCACACAAAUACGGCCUCUACAUACGCUGCGACAAAAGAUGGCUCAGUUGAUGCAAGUCGCAAGGAUUCAAGCUCGACGCGAAGUGGAAGUUCCACCCCAGAUGCCGCAAGGCCUGAUGCAACCAAGAGAGUCAGGCCAAAGCGCAGCAAGCCGCAACUUGCUAAUCAGUCGACACCCUUAUUGGCUGGAGCCCACCGUAGCGUCGACAUUCCCUAUGCGGAUGAAGCGUCUUUGCCUUUGCCACUUGUAAUCGCACAUGAGCUCUCAAGGAUCAUCUUUCAAUUCAGACGAGAUGGAUUUCUUGAAACUGUUGGGCCAGCUGGCACCAAUGCAUUGACCCAGAUAAUUCAAGGGCUCGUCGAGCAGCUGUCAGCAAUGGAACGAAUUGCCAAUACCCCAAUCCCCAUUUCUUACGGUAUCCAUUUGAAGCAAUGCGUCACUUUGUAUUUAUUUGCGUUGCCGCUCACGCUCGUCAAUGAUUUGGGCUGGGCAUCCGUGCCAAUCGUAACCGUGGUUGCUUUCACCUUCAUGGGCAUUGAAGGUAUUGCCGAGGAGAUCGAGAUGCCUUUUGGCACAGAUGCCCGAGAUCUUCCACUGGAUCGAUAUUGCCAAGACCUCAAAGAAGAGAUUCACUAUAUUAUUGAAAGGCUGCCGGAAGGUGGGGAAGGCAGUCACGGCUACGACGACGGAGAAGGCGAUGAUUAA